AUGGAUCCACCAGCUACUCCGCCCUGCAACCUAUCUCCAUCUGGUUCCGUCGGUAACCAAGUAGCGAGAGAAGUUCCUCGUCGAGACUUAACAAUUGGGAGCUGGGAACGAAAAGGUUCCUCAAAGUCGAAAGGAUCUAUGUCAUCAGGUCAUCUCAUUGCAAGUGGAAAUGCACGAAACAAACAAACAAUCCACAACCAUUUUGAAACAGCAAGUCCCACCCCGAAAAUGCCUCCGCUACAGCCUGUGCAUUCUAUUUCUGGGCAAAUUCUGCCAUACUUUGUAGGUAGAGCGGAGGAACUAAGUCGCAUGAAGACUUUGCUUGAAUCCCCUGUUGGGAAUGGCGAGUGUCCGUCGUACUGUGUCAUGUGGGGCAUGGCAGGUGUUGGUAAGACUGCACUGGUGGGCAAAUAUCUACGUGGAGAGUCAAGAGACACCAGUAUUAUAUGGCUCAAUGCAUCCACUGAGAGCGCGCUUGAUCAGUCUAUUUCGAAGGCUUUGAAUCAAUGUCUUCCUACUCACGUUAUCCUUGGAGAACCGCAAGUUGACAUGACUGAUAGAAGAAGACAUUUGAAGAGCUGGCUAGACUUCAAAUCUCCUAAAAAUUGCGUUCUCAUAUUGGAUGAUGUUCACGACAAGACAUGCUCAAUCUUGCAACAUCAUGUCCUUCCUACGCGAGGCUCACACUGCAAAGUCGUUGUUACUACAAGAUCUAGAUUAAUAGCCGAGGACAUUCUUCAGCAUAUCUCUACUGACGCCCAUCGUUGCUGGGAGGUCAAAGUACUGGAUACUGGAAGUGCCACUGAUAUGUUUGUGAGAAUUUGGAAGUUUGAUUUUGACCGAACAACGAAAAUCAAAUUACUCAGCGAGUUAGAGAAGAGCAAAAUAUCAGAUGUUCUCAACGCUGUUGGAAAUCUACCCCUCGCGAUUCAAGUUGCAGCAACUUACGCCAAAAAGGAAAACUUGAAUUCAGCGUGGGAAGCAAGAAACAAGGCGCUCAGUUGGGACAUACGCAACCCCCAUUAUCAAGAUCAUCCACUUUAUCAAGCGACACCAAUUUUGGAGAAUGCAUUUGACUUCUUCUUUGAGCUGAAGCAAAAUCCGAAAACUGCUGCAGCCAUUUUUGUGGAUGAUCUCUCCAUUUAUGAUCCAUCUAGUAUCAGCGUUAGACUGUUUGAGAAGCCAGCUGCAAUCUUACAGAGUAUUCGAGAAGCUCCAGUAAACGCACUUCUCUCCUCUUUGUUCUCUUGGUCAAAGCCCGCGGCCCCUCAGAAGCAAAAUGAUCCUACUCCUCGAGUGAUCGACCUCAUAAGAACGCUUGAUAGGCUCUCGUUUCUGACACAGCAGACUCAUGGUGGUUUUGAAUCUUUGUCAAUCCAUAAACUUGUGCAGGAACUCACCAGGAAGAAACUUCGGGAGCAAAUAACUUCGACGGUUUUCCAAUGGCAGCGGCGUCAUAGACGUAUCAGUGGGGAAAUAGAGAGACUCCAUAACGCUAUCGGGGACGCAGCUCAUGAAAUCGAUCCGUUAAAUCGUUCUAUUCAAUACGAAGAGAUUUUGAGCCACAUCAUAUCAAUUCUUAGAUUCUUCGAAGAAUGCCUGGAUGAAGACAGCAGCAAGAUACAGGCGAGGAGGCUCUUCGAACCUCUUCAACAGAGACUUCUAAGGAUGCAAGAAAAGGUUGUAAUUUGUUUGUGGGAACGCAGUCGAUUCGAGGUUGCAGCGGCAUCUGCAAGAGAAACCUUCGGGUUCAACCAGAAGAUCUGGGGGCCGGUUCAUCCGGUAGCAUCGAGAAAUCGUAACUUUCGUGACCUGCGGUUUCAAGGAUAUCAUGAGAUUCAAGGAGUCAAACACCAGGAUGUUCUAAAACUCAUGGAGAAUUUAAAAACAAGAGCCAAAACGCCAGAGACUGAAUUGGAUUACGUGGCUUGUAUUGACCAUUACGCCGCCCUCCUUCGGGGUCAAGGGAGAUAUACUGAAGCCUUCCUCCAAUGUAAAGAGGCACGAGACAGGCGCUGCAAACUACUUGGAAUAGAGGAGAGCUUGGAAGAUCACGAUAAUUUCUCCGUUGUUUACCAGUGCCUGGGAAUGUACGAAGAUGCUAGAAGACACAGCUUUCAAGCGCUUGAAAAAAGAGAAAACAGUCUUCCCGAAGAGCACAUUGAUACCUUAGCAUCCCAUCAUCAAUACGCCACAGUCCUUCACUGCCUAGGCCUAUAUGAAGAUGCCAAAAAUGAGAUCAUACGGGCGUUCGAGGGGAGAUUGCGGCUGCUAGGAGACGAGCAUCCAGAUACGCUGGCUAGCCAGCAAGCAUACGCGGAUAUUCUCCACGCCGAAGGGGCAUAUGAAAAUGCAGCCCACCACAUGCAGGAGACACUAGGUUUAAGGCGAAAUCGAUUAGGAGAAAAUCAUCCUGACACUUUAACCACCCUGGCCCAUCUCGCUACCGUAUUCCUAAGCCAAGGCAAACUUGCAGUUGCGAAGGAAGGCGUUGAAAGCGCAUAUAAACGACGACAAGAAGUGCUAGGUGACAACCAUCCAGAUACCAUCACUAGCAUGAGAACUUUAGCGUCUGUGUAUCGAUAUCAAGGACACUACGUAGAAGCAGAAGACUUGUAUACGGAGGCGUGUCGUGAGAGCCGUCGGGCAUUAACAGAAAUCAAAAUGGAACACACCAUGCAUCCGAACUCCAUCAACUUUUCAAGUGACCAAGCUUGGAUUGAGUUUAAAAACGGAAGAUAUAAGCCUGCUGAACGUACAUACCAAGAUCUAUUGCGGGAACAAGAAAUGUGGCUCGGAAGUAAACAUCCACAUAUUUUAGGCACAGUCAGUAGUCUCUCCAUGGUUUAUCUAAGACUUGGCAAAUAUAAGGAGGCGAAAGCUUCCCUUAGGUCGGCUUUAUUUGCCCAAAAUCAUAGAGUCAAGGUCAAUUCUCCCGGCAUGUUGUCAGUUCUACACAAUUACUCAGUAUUAUUACGACUACAAGGACUGUACGAAGAAUCCGAAAGUCUGGGCAACAAUAUCUUGGUCACCAGAAAACAAAUGUUGGGAACACAGCAUCCCGAUUUUUUAUCCAGCCUUGAAAGCUAUGCCUCUACCCUCUGUUGUCUUGGCCUCUAUCGGGAAGCUGAAACGCUGUGUGAGAGAUCGCUUCAAGAGAGGCGGACGAUACUCGGUAGUGCCCAUCCAGAUACGCUGUGCAGCAUCGACACUUAUUCCUCGAUCCUCCGAGUUCAGAACAAAGAUGAAGAAGCUAACUCUCACAUCCAAAACGCACUUGGUUAUCGAAAUUUAUUAUCGCAUAAUCACCCAGAUCGGCUUUUAAGCAAGUACAAUUAUGUUUGGUUCCUGGAGACAAUUGGAGGGUAUCGUGGAGCCCAGGUCAUAAGCGAAGACGUUUUGGGAAGACGACGGGAAUCGGGGAUCCUUCCAGAUAUUCUUUCUAGCGCUGAGCAGACCGGAUGCAUUUUACUCCAACUGGGAGAGAUGGAAAAUGCCCAGAAAUUGCUGAGAGAAUCAUUUGAAGGACGGAAAACAUUGCUGGGUAAGGAUCAUUCAGAUACUUUGCGAAGUCUUGCAUACUACUGUCUUGGACUCGUUCAAUCCAGUGGCCCAAUGGAAGCUCAGAAAUUCCUCGAGUCUGAACUUAUGAAAGAGAGGCUUCUAGAUAUAGGGCAAAUGCGAAUUGAUUCGCUGAGCGACAUGAAGCAGUUAGCUCGAGCGUUUUCAACCAGCGUAAAGGGAUCACUCGAGCAGAUAAAGCUACCAUGGCACGAAAAGGGAGAACACUCACAUACUGAUCAUAGGUAUAUAACAGCGGCUAAAAGCCUUUUGAGAUCCGGCAAAGUACUGGAAGCUUGGAGAGAGCUUCAGUUCGUUUCGACACAUCCAGAAAUGCCUUCGCUUUUGGUUCUCGCUCUUAUGUUGCAAGGAAAAUUGCACAAGGAACAUAAUAUCCUUAGCUUGAAGGAUGUAUAUAGAAUUCCUGCAGCUUAUGAUCUCAGAGAACGGGGUGACGCUAACAUCCAUACCACUAGUUAA